CUCACCACCCACCACCCAAACACUUCUCCGGCCACACUCUCGGGAAGGAGGAGGAGGAGGAGGAGAAGCUAGGCCGUGAGCAGCCAUGGCGUCGUCGGUGGCCGCGGCGGCGAGCACGUUCCUGGGGACCCGGCUGGCGGACCCGGCGCCGCAGAACGGGCGCAUCGUGGCGAGGUUCGGGUUCGGCGGCGGGAAGAAGGCGGCGGCGAAGAAGGUGGCGAAGUCGCCAUCGACGACGGACCGGCCGCUGUGGUUCCCGGGCGCGGUGGCGCCGGACUACCUGGACGGGUCGAUGAUCGGGGACUACGGGUUCGACCCGUUCGGGCUCGGGAAGCCGGCGGAGUACCUGCAGUUCGAGCUGGACUCGCUGGACCAGAACCUGGCCAAGAACAACGCCGGCGAGAUCAUCGGCACCCGGUUCGAGACCGGCGAGGUGAAGUCCACCCCGUUCCAGCCCUACAGCGAGGUGUUCGGCCUCCAGCGCUUCCGCGAGUGUGAGCUCAUCCACGGCCGCUGGGCCAUGCUCGCCACCCUCGGCGCCCUCACCGUCGAGUGGCUCACCGGCGUCACCUGGCAAGACGCCGGCAAGGUGGAGCUGGUUGAUGGGUCGUCGUACCUGGGGCAGCCGCUGCCGUUCUCGAUCUCGACGCUGAUCUGGAUCGAGGUGCUGGUGAUCGGCUACAUCGAGUUCCAGCGCAACGCGGAGCUCGACCCGGAGAGGAGGCUCUACCCGGGAGGCUCCUACUUCGACCCGCUCGGCUUGGCGUCGGACCCGGAGAAGAAGGAGAGGCUGCAGCUGGCGGAGAUCAAGCACGCCCGCCUCGCCAUGGUCGCCUUCCUCGGGUUUGCGGUGCAGGCCGCCGCCACCGGCAAGGGCCCGCUCAACAACUGGGCCACCCACCUCAGCGACCCGCUCCACACCACCAUCAUCGACACCUUCUCCUCCUCUUAAAUUAAGCCACAACUUAAUUAAUUUCGCGCGAGUUUCAGGACGGGAUCCAAACGAUGCGUGCGCUUCUUCGCGCGCGGUUUAGUUUUGGCGGGCGAGCGAGGGGUGAGAUCCUUUGUUGAUUACCACUGUUACUUAGGAGAGCUGGUUGGUGGACGACUCUUGCAAUGGUGAUUUGUAAUAUAUGAAACCCAACAUGGUGAAUUAAUGCAUCCACUUGUACAUCGAUCGACCGAUCUUAAUUUGGUUUGCUACGAGAAUGUGACAUACAUCAUGCACGAUGCAUUUUAAGGUA